GAUGAGCAAAGUCUCAUUCCGAACGCGACAAAUCGACUUCAAUAGACCUCUCCCAAUUGUGAAGUAUGGAUCUGACAUGUUUUUUGAACUUGGGGAAGGAACGUUUGUCGGCCGGGGUGUACCCCAGGUUCCCAGUGGCAUGGAACGAGAGGAGGAAAACGAGCAUCACUUCCUCGAGGUUAUUCAAGCGCUUCAGCUCCAGAAACCGUCUGAUGUCAGCAUUCCUGUUCCCGAGAUCAUCGAUCGGUCCGAAGAAUACGAGAAGACUUAUACAAUGGCAUUCUCACCUCCGAAGCACCUCAUUCACAUUCGAACUAUCGCUCUGGCCGAGGAGGAACCUGUUGAAUAUGACAUGGAUACAGAUGAUGAAGAUUGGCUGCACCGGAGUGACUUGAAUCUAUCGCCAGAAAAGCGUCGGACGGAGCGCAUNNNAACCCGUAAAAAUCGCAAGAAUGAUGAAUACUCCUAUGAAAAAAUGCUCAUUCUUCGGGAGCAAAUGAACGUCUUAGGGUUAGAUAAGAAUUCAUUUUUGACUGGUGACUGGGACUCUGUGCACCUCGCGGAGGCAGAUGCGGUCGCACAGAAAUCUCCUAAAUCAUUUGAGCGCGUGCUGAACGCGCAUUCCAAAAAGUCAUCCUCUCGCAAACGGAAGUUGCCUCAUAGGUCCCCGGAUACAAUCAAGGUUGACAAUUCCGGGGUUUCUGACGAAGAGCAAGCACAACCGAAUGAAUCUGAUCCGUUUGCUUUUAUCAGACUCCCAGGAUGCAAAUAUCAGAAACCCCUGUACGUUUACCCCUAUUGUAUCUGA